AUGAACGAUCCAGAAACGUCCAAGGAAUCUUCCGAUAUCCCUUCUUUGCCUGAAACGGCAAACAAGAAACUUUCCGACACCUCGUCAUCUUCACCAGUCAUUGUAGCGACACCAUCAGUAACUUCCGAUCCAGACGAUCUUUCUCUACACAAGCAAAAGAUGGAUUCAUCACAGGAAACUAUAGAGACUCAAACCAUUGACAAAGGUCAGACGACAGAAGAGAAGCAGAGUUCUAUUUCUCCAUCUGAAACCGAAAAGCCAGUAGUUGACGUGGUUGUUGCAAAGAAAAAGACCGAUAGACAGAAGAAGCACGUAUCGAAGAAGUCGAGACAGAAAGCUGACGAGAGCUCUGUGUCUGACGUUAGUGACUCUGACAGCAGUAGUGAGUCUGAGGACAGUAGCGAGGACGAGAGGGCUAAGCGCAAGAAGAAGCGGAAGUUAGCUGCGAAGCGAGCGGCAGCGAAAAAGAAGAAGAAGCAGAAAGCAAAGGCGAAAGCUAAGAAGAGCAAGAGUAGAAAGCACAAUCCCGUGAGCGAGGAUGAAACCUCAUCUGAUUCUUCCGACUCCAGUUCCGACUCUGAAUCUGAGGAUGACGAUAAGAAGAGGCCACGCAAAGCUUUGAAAGCGAAAGCCAAGAAGAAGAAAAACAACAAGCUCGAAAGUUCCAGCGAUGACAGCGCCUCAGAUACUUCGAGCUCCUCUAGCAGCGAUUCUGAUUCUGAAGACGAAAAGUCGAAACGCAAGCGAGCGAAAGCGAAGGCAAAGCGGAAGGCUAAGAAGGCAAAGAAGGUUGAUAGCUCUGAAUCAUCAUCAGAAUCGUCAACAUCCGAUGAUGAUACUUCCGUACCACCAACUCCUCCCCUGGAGCCCCCACUUCCGGGAGACGAUCUCGACACCCAGGUGGCCAAAGUCAGUGGUAUCCUCAGCAAUCUUCAGGCUCAAAAGGCUUCUCUUAACGCCGCCGCAGCCGCAGCAGCCGUAUCCACUACGAAACUUGAAAAGCCAGUCAAGAAGAAUGUCCUUGAAUUCAAGCGUGUCGAUCAAGUUUUUGAUAUGAAGAUUCGUGAUUGGAAACUUGUUGAAAGUAAUUCUGAUCAGAAAGAUGAGUUUGACUGUGUAUUUACAGUACGGAGGAGACUCAACUGGGAAGGCAAGUAUCAAGAGACUCAACUAGACAUCAAGUCUAAGCUACUUCGCAAUGCACUUCAAGAAGUGUUCAAGGAUUGCAAGAGCAUUAGUCUUGUGGAAGAUACACCGCAGAUUGAUCCUCACACACUUUUCCACUACUACGAGGAGCUGAAGACCUUCAUCAAGAAGACUCUCAAACCAAAGCUGAAGAAGGCGAAGAAGACGAAGGAUCAGAAGCGCCUCAAGCAGCAGAUUGCGCAAUGCAAACUUCUCCUGAGCUAUAUCGAUGAAGAUUACUCCGCGACACGCAAAGCGCUGCGACCGAUGCUCAAAGCAGGUACAAUCACGUAUGAUCUCGUAUGGGCCUUGUUCAAGCCGAACACUAUCGCCUAUACACCGACAUAUCACAACAAAGAUGACCCUCGCUGCUUCAAGGUUGACACCGCGUACGAAUACGAGAGCUGGAUGACAGGAAUCAAAUCCUGGUAUGUAGACGGCAAGUAUCUGGAGUACGACGGAAAGUCUUUCGGCCUCGGAGACCACCAGAUCACGAUCCAAGCCUUCAAGGGCCACAAGAAGAUUACUAGCCUCUCUGCAUAUCCGUUGAAGUACCACAAAGAUCCGGAGGGUAUCAGGAAUCAACUGAUCGAGCGGGGCAAAAAGUUCGUCGCUCUUCAAGGUAUGAAUUUCCGCUUACAAAAGGGUAUCGCGUAUAUGAAGCACAAGAACAACAUCAUCCGCUUCAUCAUCAAUGGCCGCGUCAUGGUUGAUCCGGCUAUCUUCCGCCGCAUCAAUCCCAACUAUCCGCUCUCUUACCUCAAGCAAGAUGAGCUAGCCCAGAAUGAGGAGAAUGGCGAAUGUGAUGACGAAGAGAGCGACGAUGAUUGCUGCUGUGGAUCUGACGAAGACGAAGAGAAAGAAGAGCAAGACAAGAUGCGUAUCGUCAUGUGGAGAGACAAGAAAGGCAAGAAACACCCCAUCCGUGUGCCAAAAAGCGUGGUCGACAAGGAGAAGGGUGACAGUCCAGACAAUUCGAUCGAGACAGACGCGGACGGCAAUGAGAUUAAGCAGAAGGUCUUUACUGAAGAGGAGCUGAUCAUCGCGUCGCCAGUCGUGCUUGGAUUCGCCUUUUCCGAAAAACUCUGGCUCGAGUUUUCGCUCUCUGGGAUUGACAAGAUCAAGUGGAAUGCUGAGGCCUUUGACAGUCUCGUCUUACCUAGUCGCAUCAAGCAGAAUCUGAAAGGCUUGGUCUCGUCGCACCGCUUCAAUGCUGCGAAGACGAUCGACGACGUCAUCCAAGGCAAGGGCAAGGGCCUCAAUGUUGUGUUACACGGACCACCGGGUGUUGGAAAGACAUUGACUGGAGAAUCUAUCGCUGAAUACCUAAAGUGUCCGCUUUAUGCCGUCUCGGCAGGCGAGCUAGGUACUAACAGUCGGUCACUCGAGACGGAUCUCAAUCGCAUCAUGGAUAUUACGCACUCAUGGGGCGCUAUCCUUCUCCUUGACGAAGCAGAUGUCUUCCUCGAAGCGCGUCAACCUCACGAUAUCCAUCGUAACAGCCUCGUGUCUGUCUUCUUACGUCUGACGGAGUACUACCAAGGCAUCCUCUUCUUGACAACCAAUCGUGUUGAGACGUUUGACGAAGCUUUCCAGAGCAGGAUUCACAUGGGUAUCCGGUACGAGAAUCUACAGGCCAAGGCGAGGAAGAAGAUCUGGCAGCAUCAUGUUGGUAAAGUGGAGCAGAUGGGUCGGGAAGCCGAGGCGGAGAAGAAGAAGAGCAAGAAUAACACCAAAGAAAGUGGGGAAGUGAAGACAAAGGUAGAGAAGAUUGAGGAGGUGAUGAAGCCGUUCACGGAAGCGGACUUUGACGAGCUAAGUAAGAAGAGUAUGAAUGGUCGACAGAUCAAGAACACGGUCAAAACGUCGCAAUCGAUCGCGCUCUCGGAGAAGUCAGUGUUCAGCAUGGAGCAUGUCAAGCGUGUGCUCGAGGUUGCUGAGGCGUUCGAGGAUGACAUGCGUGGCGGCAAGGGCUACCGCGAUGCGAUGAGGCAGUACACUUGA